AUGAGAAGAAGGUUUUUGAAUUUUUGUGAGAUUCACGACAUUGUUGGGCCAAUGUUCGCUGGAAAAACAACAGCUCUCCUUUGUCGGGUCAAAUCUGAGGGCAACAAUGGCAGAAAUGUUGCAAUAAUAAAGUCAAGCAAGGAUACGAGAUAUGCGGUUGACUCGGUGGUGACACAUGAUGGGACAAAGUUUCCCUUUUGGGCGUUGCCGGAUCUGUUGUCAUUUGGGCAAAAAUUUGGAGAUGAGGCUUAUGCCAAGCUUCAUAAGUUGGAUGUGUUUGAUAUAUUCUGGAUGUGGAUUGGCAUUGAUGAAGCUCAAUUUUUUGGCGACCUUUAUGAUUUUUGCUGCAAGGUUGCUGACCAUGAUGGGAAAACUGUAAUAGUUGCUGGGCUAGAUGGGGACUACUUGAGGUUUUUCUUAUAG